CAACAUACAAACGCACACGCACAACUCUUCAAAAGAAACAGCAACAGCCAUCAAACGGCCUCAGUGAAUAAUUAUGGUUGUCUAGCAAAUAAUCAUGACAAGUUCAAGGUCUAAAAGUUUUCUUUAAGCAAGGAAUUCAUGAUCUGCAAUAAGAUUUAAUUUAAUAUUUUUCAUUGGAUUGCUCAAACUUGGCUUUCAAACUGAAGGGUAAAGGCAGCGCAUUAAACAUGACGGGAGGUCUUGAUUCUUCCAUGAGGGGACGACCCAACUAUGAAGAGCUCAAUCUGAUUGGUAACGGCGCCUACGGAACAGUUUACAAAGCUCGAGAUCUGUCAAAUGGCAAUCAGAUAGUUGCCAUCAAGAAAUUGCGAGUGCCAUUGACUGAUGACGGCGUUCCCAUGUCCACCGUUCGAGAGAUCGCAUUGCUCAGACAUCUGGAUGGCACUGUUCAACAUCCCAAUAUAGUGAGGUUAUUGGAUGUUUGUCACGGCCAGAGGCUAGAAAGAGAGCAACAACUUAUACUUUUUCUAGUUUUCGAACACGUUGAUCAAGAUCUUAUGACUUACAAAGAUAAAUGCCCGGCUCCUGGAUUGAGUGAAUCACGGAUACGGGAUCUUAUGUUUCAAAUAUUGUCGGGUGUUGACUUCCUGCAUUCUCGAAGAAUCGUGCACAGAGAUUUGAAGCCACAAAAUAUACUUGUUACCAACAGUGGUGAUGUCAAGAUUGCUGAUUUUGGCCUGGCGAAAACCUAUGAUUUUGAAAUGCGUCUUACUUCAGUGGUUGUUACACUGUGGUAUAGGGCACCUGAAGUACUUCUGAAUCAAUCAUAUGGAACACCAGUAGACAUCUGGUCAUGCGGGUGCAUUAUGGGAGAGCUUUUCAGUAAAGUACCGCUGUGCGCGGGAAAUUCCGAAGCGGAUCAGUUAGACCGUAUUUUUCAAGUAAUUGGCACACCAUCUGAAUCAGAAUGGCCAGAAACGGUGUCUCUUGCACGUGACUCAUUUGUACAAGCAUCACCAAUUUGCUUUUCUUCAUUGUCUUCAGACCUUAGUGAAGAUGGCCAAGAACUAUUAAAGAUGAUGUUACAAUUCAACCCUAUAAGGAGAAUAAGUGCAUUGAAUGCAUUGCAACACCAGUAUUUUGCCAGCAAUGGAUAUACAUGCAAUCCUUACUCAUUCCCCGGCUGAAGAGGGGAUUGAAAUACAGCGACCACUGUCUAAAGUUUGAACGCCAUAUUUUCUUGUAGCUGAUUAUAGGAUCUAUUGUACCUGUCCGAUAUUGAUAUUAUCCUAAAUCAACCAGAAUGAUAUUUUCCUAGUUUUGUAUUUUGAAUUAGAUUUUGAACAUUAUUAGCGUAUUAUUAUUAUAAUCGACCUUUUUUGCGGGUCUUAGCAUUGUAGAAGAAUUUCCCAAUAUGAAUUUACUUAUCACGGUUUUUUAGUAUUAAAAAAUAUUAAUGUAAAGUGUACAUACUACUUGCAUUUUUUAAAUGCUCUUGAUUUAAAAACAAAAUCUAUGUGAUUUCUACUGAUUGCAUUCCAUUCUGUUCAAAAAACAUUGCUCAUUUACAAUAAUUAUAAAACAAUUUUAUAUUGGGAAAUAUUCUAUUUUUAAAGCAGGGACCAUACGCUACCUAGAAUAGUUUCCAAUUUCCAAAAUAUACUAGAGUAAGCUUCCGAAUACUGAGUAGUCCACUUUUCAGGUUAUGAAAUGUAGAUUUAAGUAGUAGUAGUAAAUUGAGAAUUUAGAUCUUAGAUCAUAAAUAUGUUUUACAAGACUUUCGAAUGAAAUAACGUCUCAGGCAAAAUAAUAUUGCCGUUACCUCAGGAAAUACAUCUGUAUCUGAAAGAAUUCUGUAUCCCACCUGUGCAUUUACAGAAAACUCUGUAUUUCAAGAAAUUAUUCUGACGUAAGAAACCUAGUUCAUAGGUAUAUUUUUAUAUUAAAGUAUUUACACGAACAAUAUAAGACUCAAUGGUUAUUUCCUUCUCAAUUAAUACUUUUGAGGUGUGAAUCUGUGUAGUUUUUAAGAAAAUGCACUUCCUUUCAAAAAUGAAUUUAAACCAAUGGGUUUUACGGUGUUAGUGUUAGCAAUAUUCAGUUAUCCUGAUUUUUCCUUGACCAGUAUAGUUGUUUUAUAAUUUUUAAUUGCUCCAGAAGAGAUGUUAUGUAAACCAUAACAUCUAAAAUAAUUUUUGUUAGAUGCUGUGCUCAACUUCUGAUCCACCAGUGUUCAUGAGUACUCAUGAAUAGUGAAGUUGUUACCGUGGUUUGAAUAGUAUCCCACUAAUAGAAAUAAAAUUUACCAUUUUUGACAAAAAUGAAUUAAGCGUUCCAAAGUUUUCAGACAUUUACGGUACGUUAGUUUUAGAAGUAAUAAGUUUAAAAUUGUUUCAUCUUUAAAUUCGUUUUUCAUAGUUGUCAGUGCAUAAGCAUUCUCAUUUAUCAGAACUGUAUAAACCCUUAUAACAAUUUGUCGCAUAUAUAUGCAACUAAUAAAACCAAUGCAACCAAAAAAUAUGGUGCAUUUAUAAUUGCUUCAUAUUUAGAGAUGGAUCAUGUUGUUUAUUAUGUAGUGCUUUCAGAUACCUCAACAUUGUAAGAGAGAGUUAUUACAUAGGCAUUACCAUGUCAGAAACCAUCAAUAGAAACUUUUCAAUUCAUAUUUAUUUAUUUAUAUUUCAUAAUACACAAAUCAAAUAAAUGAUUAGAAAAGGCCUAGAUUACAUAGGCAUUACCUGUUACCAUGUCAGGAAACAUCAAUAGGACCUUUUCAAUUCAUUAUUAUUUAUUUACAUUUCAUAAUACGCAAAUCAAAUAAAUGAUUAGAAAAGGACCAACAGGCCUAGCCCAUAACUGGAAACGCAAUUUUAUUCUAUUCUAUUCAAUGGUUUUACAUUAUAUUAACAGGAGGUUAAAACUUCUGCGGUCUUCUCAUUUUUUAACUCUUCGCAAACAAUAUUUAAUUUUUAGUCUAAUUAUCACAUUUUUGUCAGUGCGGUAAAGUAUAAAAAUAAAACUUCAUUUAAAAAUAUCCUCGCCCGAAUAUAUCAGUUUCAAUAUUAUCACAUUGUUUUGUAUACAAAGGCCUAUGUUCAUAAAACUGUAAUUUUUAAAGUGCCUUAAAAUGUACCAGUGGUAUACGGUUUCCUCUAAUUAUUAAAUUUCAUGAGUAGAUGUCGUUUUCUAUUCAACAUUAUGUUAGCCACAUUUUGUUCAUUAGAUUGUAAGAUGUAUUUGUUAUUAUACAUGUUUAUGUCUGAAUAAAUUGUUUGAAAUUUUAA